CCCGCAUCCAGAAAUUAAAAAACGCGGGUCAGGCUCCGAAUUAGAUUUCAUUCCCGCGCGCCUGCGCAAAUACUCAAACACUUCGCCACACAAAUCCAGGUUUCAGAUUCUUCAGCCACUCGGAGUUUCUCUCUUCAAAGUGGAAUUGAUUUGAAUUUUGACGAUGAAUGGAGAUGAUUUCACUGACGGAUUGCGUACGACUCGACCCGCUUUGGGUGAUGUGACAAAUCGACCUCUUAAAAGAGGGGUUUCGUUGAUUUCAGGCGAUUUGGGGCCCCGUUCUGGUGAUGGUGAAAAUGGGAAUUCGGUUUUUGAGAAGAAGGUUUGUUCACAAGUUGAAAAUUUCGUAAACGGGAUGGGAAAGAACAAGAAAUCUGGAGUUGAUAAUUAUGAAAAGGGAGUGCCUCUGUGUGAGAAUGCUGUCUUUAUUGUCUCUAAUGAACCUGAUAACAUGGACAAGUCGCGCUCUUUGGGCGUUACAAUUGCUCACAAUGGGGUAGAAUUUGGAGAUGCAACAAGGGAUUGUUGUGUGUCUAGUGUUUUGAUGCCCACAUGCUCGAAGAAAGGUUGUGAGGAAGGAGUCAGAGCACAAGUUGGUCGUGUUUAUGAUGAUCAGGAUGUUGUUGGCAAAUUGGGUUCAAGCAAAUGUAGGUCGAAUUUGCCUAUGUCACAGGGCUUGAAAUCAUUUGAAUUGGAAAGAUGUGCCGGGCUUAAGGAUGAUGGUUGUCUGAAUUUGAAUGGGGGUGCUGAUAUGCUCAAAGAUUGCUCUUGCUCCUUUUGCUUAAAAGCUGCUUAUAUUUGGUCGGAUCUGCAUUAUCAGGACUUCAAGGGUCGCAUAGCUGCAUUAAAGAAGAGUCAGAAAGAGGCGAGCUGCUUGGUUCAAAAGUGUGUCAGGGGAAAGGAAAUUGACAUUCCUUCCCAAGGAGGCACAGGAAAAUCAUCAGAACUAGAAUCUGAUCUCAUGAGUCAGUGGAGGUCACUCUUCGCUCACAUGGAGGAUAUAUUUGGUCAUGAAAGCAGUAAGCUUCAAGCAAGUUUUGUUACACUAAAAGAUUUGAGAGAGAAUUGCAAGAUGGAUCUAGAGAGGACCCAUGGGAUGCCUUCAGAUAAAAACUAAUGCAUGCACUUUUGGUACUUCUGCUGAGUGUAAGAUCUUCUUUGAAAUUUUAGUUGCACACUGUGUAUGCAUAAGCGCUCCUAUUUAAGUAUGCAGUUCUUUAGAUGAUUCCCAGAAAGUUGUGAAUGCUCAUUUGACGCUGUAAAAUGUAUUUUCACUAUUGUAAUAUUUGUCGCUUUCAUUUCUGUCCGUGUGAACAAAUUUUCCCCUUGUUGAAUCUGCUUUUCAUA